AUGAUGCUAUGGUAACUAUUUAAGGGCGUGCAGCCCCGCUAUAGUCAAACAGCCGAACGACUAAUUGGAGUGACAUAAUGCCUAUGUACAGAUUUGAAGGUGACGUAACGAUCCAUUGCGUUUACUCUCCAAGAACAUGGCUUAUGAAUCGAGAUCAAUUGUGUCUAACUGUUGAAGCAUUUGGAGUUGUAAAACGGACGAGAUUACAUGAUGCAAUUUUUCCGCUACUUAUACAUGAAAAGUUUUCUUUCGACAAGAUAUUCUAUACGGCUCUUUCUGCCUGCAACGUCGUUGACAGACUAGAAGAUUUCACGGUGACAAUUGAAAUACGACAGAUAGUUGACGCUUAUCUGGGGGGAACGCUUUUAGCGUACUAUUCAACGAACGCUAAAGAGUUUUUCUCUCCCUGCCCAAAAAUGUGCUUAAGAACUCUUCCAAAGAGAGAUUUGAUCAUGCAUAAAACUGUUGAUUUUCCGGGAAUGUCUCCGCGCCUCGAAUAUUCUGUUAGUUCUGCAAUUAAGUGUCAUCCUGCUUCAUGCUGUUGUUCCUGCUGCCAUUAUUUGCCACAGUGCUCUUGUUAUGACCCGUGUCUCUACAAGCCACUCACACCAACACCAGGCUACCACCGGGCGACAGUCAACAGUGCUUUACGAUGUCGUUAUCCAGAACUUAACGAACCAAGGUACCUUAUAGCAUCUGAUACUGCCAGUCAUAUUGCUAAAUCUCAAAGUGCAACAAGAACUUCAAGAAGCCCUAGAAAAAGGGACAAUGUAGACUCAACGUACAGUCGACCAAGGUCACUGUCUGCUCGUAGAUGUGAUGGUUAUGGAGCAGUUUCACCUCUCCACUCUUUAUCCACAUGGGAUCUGCGUGAGCGUACUAUUCGUGAUGCACAAGAUCGCAGUGACCGUUACUGGCAUCUGUACAGAUUUUGGCAAAAUGAAUACGAUAGACUACGCUUACAAAGAUGAAGCUGUGAAGAUUUUGUCAUCAAGAAAUACUGCCGUAUCAGAUUUUUCAUAUUAGAUCUAUUUAACCUUCACAGGAAUAUAUAUUUCUUUAGAAUUAAAUGAAAAACUGUUUAAAAGAAAAACAGAUAGAUUUACAAAAUGACUACUAUAUUCUACGUAUGUAUGCACUGUUCGCAUUACUUAGUCUAACUUUUUGUGUUAGGAAUUAUCGUUCUACAUAUAUAUAUAUAUAUAUA